AUGCUUAAAUCGGCUUCGCAACUGGCAAAAAGCUUGCUGAUUAGGCCCGCGACGGUCCGAUUGUGCAGUACGGGCGGCGCGGACGAACCGAUCCGUUUGGAGCACAAUCCGUACACGAAAGAGCCGCGCAAGUGUCUUUUGUGCUCCACUGGCGUCGAGUUGGACUAUAAAAAUGCGCGUCUUUUGCAGGUACGAGUGAAGCAUAAUUACACAUUACAAAUUCGACUGAAAUGUUCAAUUGUUCCUUCCAGCAAUUCGUCUCGACGUUCUCCGGCCGCGUCUACGACCGUCACAUCACCGGACUGUGCGAUGAGCAGCAGAAAAAGCUCAUCGAGGCAAUUUCGGUACGGAAAUCUCACGUUUUCUGAUAAUUUUUUUUUAAUUUUCCAGAAAUCGCGCCGCGCCGGCUACAUGCCAAUCUUUGUGAAGGAUCCGAAAUACACGCGGGAUCCGAAGCUCUUCGAUCCUCUCAAACCGAUUCGGCCACAUUCUUUCGCCUAA